AGGUCCUGUGGAGGCGUGUUGCGAGAUUACGAUCGACGCAAGCAGCACAUCCCUACUAGCGCGCGCGCACACACUGUUGAGGGCGCGCCUCACAUAUUGUUGGCCAGGAGGAGAAAGAAAGAGCAGGAUACAGAAUGGCAUCUCUCGGACUCAAGGCGAUUGUCGGAGAAAAGGUCAUGAACGAUGUCAUUAGGAAGGUGAAAAAGAAGGGAGAGUGGAAGGUUUUGGUGGUGGACAAACUUAGCAUGCGAAUGGUCUCAUCAUGCUGUAAAAUGACUGACAUAAUGUCUGAAGGAAUCACAAUUGUUGAGGACAUAACCAAGCACCGUGAGCCUCUUCCUACCAUGGAGGCAAUAUAUCUCCUCACUCCAUCUGAUGAGUCGGUUGAGGGACUCAUCAAUGACUUCAGAGACCCCCGUAAUCCCAUAUACAGAGGGGCCCAUGUUUUCUUCACAGAUGCAAUCCCAGACUCUUUGUUCAACUUAAUAAGUAAAUCCCGUGCCUCCAAAAUCAUAAAGACACUGACUGAAAUAAACAUAGCUUUUUUGCCCUAUGAGUCACAGGUGUUCUCAGUGGACCGACCAGAUGCCUUCCAGGACUUCUACAGCCCGUUUAAAGCAGAUGUGAAGAACCAGGUGUUGGAGCGUUUAGCCGAACAGAUAGCCACCCUCUGCUCUACACUGAAGGAGUACCCUGCUGUUAGAUACAGAGGAGAGUACAAAGACAACGCCAUCCUGGCCCAGAUGCUACAAGAUAAACUGGACGGUUAUAAAGCGGAUGACCCUACUUUAGGAGAGGGACCGGAUAAAGCUCGCUCCCAGUUAUUGAUUCUGGAUCGAGGUUUUGACCCCGUCUCACCACUUCUGCAUGAGCUCACAUUUCAAGCCAUGGCCUAUGACCUGCUGCCCAUUGAGAAUGACGUCUACCAGUAUGAGACCAGUGGAAUGGGUGACACUCGUAUGAAAGAGGUCCUUUUGGAUGAAGAUGAUGAUCUGUGGAUGACCCUGAGACAUAAACACAUAGCAGAGGUGUCCACGGCUGUGACUAAAUCACUCAAGGAUUUCUCUGCAAGCAAAAAGAUGAGCACAGGAGAGAAGACCACUAUGAAAGAGCUCUCCCAAAUGCUUAAAAAGAUGCCACAGUACCAGAAGGAGUUAAGCAAGUAUUCCACUCACCUGCACUUAGCCGAAGACUGUAUGAAGCAUUACCAGGGCACAGUGGACAAACUUUGCCGUGUGGAACAGGAUCUUGCCAUGGGCACAGAUGCAGAGGGUGAGAAGAUCAAAGACCCGAUGAGAGCUAUCGUGCCCAUCCUACUGGAUGCCAAUAUCACCAUAAUGGACAAAAUUCGUAUCAUCCUGCUCUACAUCUUUCUUAAAAAUGGUGUGUCAGAGGAGAAUCUCUGUAAGCUCCUUCAACAUGCACAGAUCCCUCCAGAGGACAGUGAUAUCAUCUCUAAUAUGGCCCAUAUGGGGAUUCCCAUCGUCUCAGAGCAAGUAACCACGCGUAAGGGAAAGAAAGCUGACCGCAAGGAAAGAAUCAGUGAGCAAACGUAUCAGCUCUCCAGGUGGACUCCUCUGGUUAAAGACAUCAUAGAGGACGCCAUUGAAGACAAACUGGACCCAAAACAGUACCCUUACAUCUCCACACGCACAGCUUCCUCUAAAACAACCACAGCUACCAGUGCCCGAUAUGGUAACUGGCAUAAGAACAAGAGCCCAGGAGAGAUACGCAACGGCCCACGGAUCAUUGUCUUUAUCAUUGGAGGCGUGACCUACAGUGAGAUGCGCUGCGUCUAUGAGGUCACACAGGCCAACGGCAAAUGGGAGGCUCUGAUUGGCUCCACCCACACCAUCAUACCCGUUAAAUACCUGAAACAUCUGCAGCACCCAGACUUCCUGGACCCCAAUGCGGCCCCUGAGGACCAACUUCCUGCAGAUGAUAAGUGAGGAAAACAAGAAAUAAGAAUCUGGUGACAUUAUUGUCUUCCUCACCAUCCUCGUAAUCCUACCAGAUUGUUGUCAGUUUUAACACAUAAGCUUUACCUCACAAACACAUCACAACCCAUACAUUACAUCUCUGCGUAAAGUAUUAGGUACAUUGUUAGUUAUUGAGACUAUAGUAAAGUAUAAUUGUUAAGUACUUAACUAGCCUCAGUUACAGUUAAUCAACACUGGGUGACAUCAGACUUGUCAGCUAAAUAAAACAUACGAGGACAACUUGA